CCUCCACUUGCCAAUCAAUGAUCGACGUCACUCCAACCACUUUCAAGCUGACCAAUGCAACACAAUAUAACAACAGAAGUUCCACCUCCCUCACCUCACAAAUUGCCUGAACGCAACAACAAAAUGGUUAAAAUCUUCGUAACAGGCGCGACAGGCUACAUCGGCGGCGAUGCCCUCUACGCAAUCGCAACAUCGCAUCCCGAAUACGAUAUCACAGCUCUCGUACGCAACAGCGACAAAGGCGCCAAAGUCGCCUCCCAAUACGCCAGUGUGAAACUCGUAUACGGAGAUCUCGAUAGCGUGGAAUUAAUCGAACAGGAAGCCAAAGUUGCGGAUAUCGUGUGUCACUUCGCAAACGCAGACCACGCCCCUUCAGCCGAGGCCAUAAUCAGAGGCCUCUCAAGCCAUGACGCUUCUUCUCCAGGUUUCUACAUUCAUACCUCCGGUACAGGUCUUCUGAUGUGGGAAGACAUGAGAGAAGGAAAAAGCAACAAUGCCAUUUUUGGCUCUCAAUUCCGCGAGAAGAUCUACGACGAUCUGGAGAAUGUCUCCGAUGUCACGUCUCUGCCAGACGACGCGCCCCAUCGCAAAAUCGACAAGAUUGUGCUGGCAGCGGGAAAGGACUUAGCAGAUCGUGUGAAGACGGCCAUCGUCUCUCCACCCUGUAUUUAUGGCCCAGGUAGAGGACCGGAUAAUCAGCGAUCGCAUCAAGUUCCGGAAUUGAUUCGGACUUCACUGGAGAAGGGAUAUGUUCCUAAGGUGAAUGAAGGGAAGACGUAUUGGGGACAUGUUCACGUGCAUGAUCUUUCUGCACUGUAUUUGAAGCUUGUAGAAGAAGCUGCUGCGGGUGGGUCGACGAAGGAGUGGCCGGGCAAGCCUGCAGUGUGGGGUGCUGAGGGCUAUUAUUUCUGUGAGAAUGGAGAGCAUGUGUGGGGCGAGGUCUCGCAGUUGGUUGCAGAUGAGAUGAAGAAGCAGAAGUUCAUCGAUAAUGCUGAUGUGAGGUCUAUUACAGCUGAGGAUGCGGCGGAGAGGACACCUGCUGGGCACUUGCUGUGGGGUGCUAAUUCGAGGGCGAGGGCCAAGCGUGGGAAAGAGCUCCUGAGCUGGAAGCCGGAAGGGGUGAGUUUGGAGGAUGAGAUACUCAGGGCUGUAGAAGAUGAGGCGAGGAGACGAGGCGUCCGGCCUGGCCAUGCCGCAGUCGCUGCUGGUGAUCUUUAG